AUGGACGAUGAGAUUUCCAACUUAUACAAGGGCCUACGGUUAAUUGAAGAGGAGCAGCAAUCUGUAAACAUCUCAGAAGAGGAUGUUUUGGUCUCAAAGGAGAAGAGUAGGAAGUGUCUGAUAGCAUUAGUAGAAUCAAAGAAGGACAUCAACAAGGGUGGUUUCAAGGCAACAAUGGCCAAGGUGUGGAAAGUAGAGGGGUCAUUAAUCUUCAAAGAUGUUGGGAAGAACAAGUUCCUUAUUGAGUUCAAAGAUCCAGACGAGAAGCAUAAGGUGAUGCAGGGUCGCCCCUGGUCCUUUGAUAGGAACCUUAACCUUAUCUGUUUACAAGAUUGUUUUGGUUGCUUAAAUCUCCAAGACAUAAACUUCACAUUGGAUCCAUUUUGGAUCCAACUCCAUAACCUGCCUUUCACGGGUAUGAAUAAGAAAACAGGUGAGAAGCUGGUUUCAACCAUUGGUCAAGUUAUGCUGGUUGAUGUUGAUGAUCAGGGAAUGGGUUGUGGACAAUAUAUGAGAGUCAAAGUUUUAGUGGACACCAUCAAGCCUUUUCCAAGAGGUCGAUUCCUUAACAAGGGGUAA